UCCGGCUUGGCCAUGGACAGCCACCGCGUGGGUGCGGCCACUGCCGGACGUUUGCCCGGCCCGCUGCCACCCGGGAAAUACAUGGCCGGCCUCAACCUCCACCCGCACCCGGGCGAGGCCUUCUUGGGCAGUUUUGUGGCCAGCGGGAUGGGGCCCUCGGCCUCAUCCCAGGGGAGCCCUGUAUCCCUGCCCUCUGACCUCUCGUUCCGCUCCCCCACGCCCAGCAAUCUGCCCAUGGUGCAGCUGUGGACCGCCCAUGCCCACGAAGGCUUCUCCCACCUGCCCAGCGGGCUGUACCCGUCCUACCUCCACCUGAACCACCUGGAGCCCCCCAGCAGCGGGAGCCCUCUCCUCAGCCAGCUGGGCCAGCCCGGCAUUUUUGAUACCCAGAAAGACGGUUUCUACCUGCCAGCCCCGGGGGCUGCAGGUGUCCUGCACUCUCAUGCACCGUCCUCCAGGACUCCUGGCAGCGGUGGUGGCAGUGGCCACUCCUCAGGUGCCCUGGCCAAAGGCUCAUCCCGGGAAGGAGCCACCAAGGAGCGGGUGGGCCGAGGUGGGGAGCCACCCCCGCUGUUCGGGAAGAAGGACCCAAGAGCUCGUGAGGAGGCUACAGCGACAGGGCCACGUGGCUGUGUGGUGGACCUGACCCAGGACAUAAGGGUGGAGGGCCGCCAGGAUCGGGGACCCCCGCGCCUGGCUGAGCGCCUGUCGCCUUUCCUAACCGAGGCCAAGGUCAAGGGCGCCCUGCAGCCAUCAGCACUGAGCUUGUGUAAUGGUGGUGGCGGUGGUGGCGCAGGGGACACAGGGCUGCCACCUGCUCUGGUGGCUGAAGCAGCAGGUCGUGGAGGAGGCGCCAAAGAGGCCACCCGGCAAGACGAGAGCGCACGGCUAUUGCGGUUACCUGCGCCGCGCCCUGGCGGGUCCCCACUGCCACCGCCGCCACCGCCACCACCGCCCCCCAAAGGACCCUCUGCGCCCCCGUCCUCGGCGCCCGCGGGCGUCUACACCGUGUUCCGCGAGCCGGGUCGGGAGCACCGCGUGGUGGCGCCCACCUUCGUGCCUUCCGUGGAGGCCUUCGACGAGCGCGCGGGGCCCAUCCAGAUCGCAUCGCAAGCGCGCGAUGUCCGGGUGGCCGCCCGCGACCGUGAGGUGGCCCGACCUGGGGUCUUACAGGUGCCCCCACCAGGAUCCCCAAGGCCUGAGGUUUUGCGUGAAAAGAACUCAGUGAUCCGCUCACUCAAGCGCCCUCCGCCACCACCGCCGCCGCCGCCACCCAGCGAUGCGCCCUCGGCGCCCCGCGCAGCGCGCGCCUCCCCGGACACGCGCGCCGCGUACCUGGCGACCAAGGAGCUGCUGAAACCCGAGGUGGAGCCGCGUGCCUGUGACCGUGACCGUGACCGUGACCGUGACCGUGCGCCCCGAGGCUCCACCAAGCUCUUCGGCUUGGAGCCCGUGCGCCCCCCUGCGGGACCCGAGCACAAAUGGAAACCUUUCGACUUGGGCAACUUUGCCACCACGCAAAUGGCCGUGUUGGCCGCGCAUCACCACCACGCUGCCGCCGCCGCCGCUGCUGAUGAGGCCGUGGCCACCUCCAAGAAAGCCUAUCUGGACCCUGGUGGAGGGGCGCUGGCCCGGGGUGGCCGCCCCGGUGUCCCCGAGCUGCACCCCGGAGCGCACGGGCCUGGAGAGGCAUCGGCCAUGCAGAGUCUCAUUAAAUACAGCGGCAGCUUUGCGCGCGACGCCGCCGCCGUGCGCCCUGGUGGCUGUGGCAAGAAGAGUCCCUUUGGAGGGCUGGGGACCAUGAAACCCGAUCCUGCUCCCACUUCUGCGGGUGUCCCCCGAACUCAGGCCCGACUCCCCCAUCCCGGAGGCCCUGCAGCAGGUGGAGGCCGGCAGCUGAAAAGGGACCCCGAGAGACCCGAGAGCGCCAAGGCCUUUGGGCGCGAGGGUGCGGGUGCCCAGGGGGAGGCCGAAGUGCGACACCCGCCCGUGGGCAUUGCUGUGGCUGUGGCCAGGCAGAAGGACAGUGGGGGCAGUGGCCGACUGGGGCCUGGACUGGCUGACCAAGAGCGAUCCCUGUCACUGAGCAAUGUCAAAGGGCACGGCCGGGCGGAUGACGACUGUGUGGAUGACCGCAGUCGACACCGAGAGGAGCGGCUGCUGGGGGGACGGCUGGACCGUGACCAGGAGAAGCUGCUACGAGAGAGUAAAGAGCUGGCGGACUUGGCUCGUCUGCACCCCACCAGCUGUGCUCCUAACGGCCUGAACCCCAAUCUCAUGGUGACGGGGGGCCCGGCGCUGGCAGGCUCGGGGCGCUGGUCGGCUGACCCCGCGGCCCACCUGGCUACCCACCCCUGGCUGCCCCGCUCGGGGAGCACGUCCAUGUGGCUCGCAGGACACCCCUAUGGUUUGGGUCCCCCACCUCUGCACCAGGGCAUGGCUCCCGCUUUCCCACCCAGCCUGGGGGGCUCCCUGCCGUCGGCUUACCAGUUUGUCAGGGACCCCCAGUCGGGUCAGGUGGUGGUCAUCCCCAGUGAGCACCUGCCUCACUUUGCCGAGCUGAUGGAGCGAGCUGCGGUGCCCCCGCUCUGGCCGGCCCUGUACUCGCCAGGCCGCAGCCCCCUGCACCACGCGCAGCAGCUGCAGCUGUUCUCACAACAGCACUUCCUGCGCCAGCAAGAGUUCCUGUACCUGCAGCAGCAGGCGGCCCAGGCCCUGGAGCUGCAGCGCAGCGCCCAGCUGGUGCAGGAGCGACUGAAGGCCCAGGAGCAGCGGGCCGAGAUGGAGGAGAAAGUGAGCAAACAGAGUCUGGAGGUCACGGGCAAGGCCGGCCUGACCCCCGCGGGCCCGGGGCUGCUGCCGCGCAAGCCCCCCGGCCUGGCCGCCGGCUCCGCGGGCGCCUAUGGCAAGGCCGUGAGCCCCCCGCCGUCUCCCAGGGCGUCCCCCGUGACCUCCCUGAAGGCCAAGGUCAUCCAGAAGGUGGGGGAGGUGUCCAAGCCACCUGGCUACACCUACCCUGCCACGCCGACCUCCCACCCCAGCAGCCCCCCGCCCGCGUCCCCGCCCCCCGCCCCCGGCCUCACCCGCAAGGAGGAGCCCCCCGAAAACGUCGUGGAGAAGAAAGACCUGGGACUGGAGAAGGAGGCACCCAGCCCCUUUCAGGCCCUGUUCUCAGAAAUCCCACCGAGGUACCCGUUCCAAGCCCUGCCACCACACUACGGGAGGUCGUACCCCUUUCUGCUGCAGCCCACCACGGCCGCUGAUGCUGAUGGCCUGGCCCCCGAUGUGCCUCUCCCGGCCGAUGGACCUGAGCGCCUGACAUUGUCACCCGAAGACAAGCCCAUCCGCUUGUCACCUUCCAAGAUCCCAGAGCCACUGCGCGAGGGCCUGGAGGACCAGCCUUUGGUCGACCGGGAGGUGAAGGCUGAAGUGGAGGAUGAGGAUGAGGCUCCUGCUGAGAUGCCUCCUGUGGAGUCACCGCUGGCCCUACCUGUCCCGGACACCAUGGGGGCCUCCAGCCCUGCGGGUGGCUGUGGAGGUGGCCUGCUGGAGGCCCAGGCGCUGAGUGCCACCGGGCAGGGCUGUGAGGAGCCCCCAGAGGGCCCAGACUUUACAGAGGAGGUCGAAGGACCGGGAGAGUUGCCUGGCCGGACAGAACCCCACACGGCUUCCCUGGAGUUGGGGACAAGGCUGACACCAGAACCCCUGGUGGAGACCAAGGAGGAGCCAGUGGAGGUGCCCUUGGACGUGACCAUGGAGGGUCCGGUGGAGGAGGCCGGACCUGAGGAAGACCUGGCCCAGCCAACCCUGCCUGAGCCGCUGCCCGGCCUGGACCCACCCGCCUGUGACCUGCCCAGUGGGGAGGGACAGUGCCCAAGCCUUGAGGCCCAGGAGGCCGCACCUGUGCCAGGCAGUGCCUGUUACCUGGAAGAGACAAACUCUGAGCCGCUCCUGCCUGGCUUGGAAGACCCCCUGGCUGGCAUGAAUGCCCUGGCGGCGGCAGCCGAGCUACCCCAGGCCAGGCCUUUGCCCUCCCCAGGUGCUGGAGUCCAGGCCAUGGAGAAGCUGGACACGACCCAGACUCUGGUCCUGGAACAGAGCUUUCUGCAGGGCAUCACCCUGCUGAGCGAGAUUGCAGAGCUGGAGCUGGAGAGGAGGAACCAGGACACUGGAGGUGCAGAGCCGGGCAUGGCUGUGCGGCCCUCGCUGGAGAGUCUGCUGGCCGCCAGCAGCCACAUGCUACAGGAGGUGCUGGAUAGCCCCUUUGUGGACCCCCUCAAGAACUUGCGGCUUCCACGGGAGCUGAACCCCAACAAGAAGUACAGUUGGAUGCAGAGGAAAGAGGAGCGGAUGUACUCCGUGAAGUCAUCGCUGGAGGCCAUGGACGCCUUGGAGCUAGACUUUCGGAUGCGGCUGGCUGAGGUUCAGCGACAGUACAAAGAGAAGCAGCGAGAGCUGGUGAAGUUGCAGCGCCGUAGGGACUCGGGGGACAGGCACGAGGACCCCCAUAGAAGCUUGGCACGCAGAGGCCCUGGCAGGCCACGGAAACGGACCCACACCCCGAGCGCCCUGUCGCCCCCCUGCAAGAGAGGGAAGAACCGCAACAGUAGCGGAAAGCUGAGCAGCAAGUCUCUGCUGCCCUCAGAUGACUAUGAGCUGGGAGCAGGGAUAAGGAAGAGACACAAGGGGCCCGAGGAGGAACAUGACGCCCUCACUGGAGCGGGGAAAGCCAGGGGGAGGAACCAGAGCUGGGAGGAGCGUGAGACCUCGGCUGACUUCCUGAAGAUUAAGAAGAAGAAGAUGGCCAGCGACCAGGAGCAGCUGGCGAGCAAACUAGACAAGGCCCUCUCCCUCACAAAGCAGGACAAGUUGAAGUCGCCUUUCAAGUUUUCCGACGGCGCUGGGGGGAAGUCAAAAACUAGCGGGGGCUGUGGCAGGUUCUUGACUCCUUAUGAAAGCCUGCUGGGCAAGGACAGGAAAGCGCUGGCCAAAGGCCUCGGCCUGUCCCUGAAGUCCUCCAGAGAAGGUAAACACAAAAGGGCCGCCAAAGCCAGGAAGAUGGAGGUGGGCUUCAAGGCCAGAGGCCAGCCCAAGUCGGCCCAUUCCCCGUUCGCCUCGGAAGUGAGCAGCUACAGCUACAAUACUGACUCCGAGGAAGAGGAAGACUUCCUGAAGCACGAGUGGUCUGCCCAAGGCCCCUCCAGCUCCAAACUGACCUCCUCCCUCCUGUGUGGCAUGGUAGCCAAGAACAGCAAGCCAGCCUCAGGCCCCAAGCUGACAAAGAGGGGCCUGGCAGCCCCCCGAACGCUCAAGGCCAAGGCCGACGCCGGCAGGAAGCAGCCUUUCUGCUUGCUGCUCCGAGAGGCCGAGGUCCACUCCUUCAGCGACUCUUCGGAGAACUCCUUUGAUCAAGAUGAGAGCUCAGAAGAGGAGGACGAGGAGGAGGAACAGGAGGAGGAGGAGGAGGAGGAGGAAGACAAGGCUGGCGGCAGCUAUAGGCUGGUUGCCCGGGAGCGGGCACUGUCACCAGGCCUAGAGGAGAGUGGGCUUGGCCUUCUGGCUCGCUUUGCAGCCAGUGCCCUCCCCAGCCCACAGUGGGGCCAUCCCUGUCGUGGUGCAGUUGGAGGCCAAACAGAAGGCCCGGAAGAAGGAUGCGGCAGCCUGAUAGGCACGGAGUUCGAGUACACCGAUUCGGAGAGUGAGGUCAAGGUGUGCAAACAGUCGCCCGCUGGGCUCCUGCGGCCCAAGAAGGGACUUGGGGAGCCGGGCCCCUCCCUGGCCGUACCCACACCUGGCACCCGGGGCCCAGGCCCCACCAGCCCGGACAAAACCAAGCUGGCUGUGGAAAAGGGACGCAAGGCCCGGAAACUGCGGGGCCCCAAGGAACCGGGCUUCGAGGCAGGGCCCGAGGCCAGUGACGAUGACCUGUGGACUCGACGUCGCAGCGAGCGUAUCUUCCUCCACGAUGCCACAGCUGUGGUCCCUGCCCCCAGCAGCACCGCACCGGCCCCCAAGCCCAGCCGCUGCGGCAAAGGCGGUGCCCCCAGCCCACGCAAGGACACCGGUCGUGCCAAGGACAGGAAGGACCCCAGGAAGAAGAAGAAGGGGAAGGAGGCCGGCUUAGCAACCUCGCUGCCAUCACCCCGGGUUCCCGCGCUUCCCCCCGAGGCCAGGGCCCCUCAUGCCGGACCCCUGGCGCCUGCCAAGAGAAGCAAGGCCAAGGCCAAAGGGAAGGAGGCGAAGAAGGAGAACCGGGGGAAAGGAGGGGCCGUGAGCAAAUUGAUGGAGUGCAUGGCUGCUGAGGAGGACUUUGAACCCAACCAGGACUCAAGCUUCUCAGAGGACGAGCAUCUGCCGCGUGGAGGGGCUGUGGAGCGGCCUCUGACCCCAGCACCCCGGUCCUGUAUCAUCGACAAGGAUGAGCUGAAGGAUGGCUUGCGUGUCCUCAUCCCCAUGGAUGACAAGCUGCUGUACGCGGGGCACGUGCAGACCGUCCACUCUCCAGACAUAUACCGUGUGGUGGUGGAGGGUGAGCGUGGGAACCGGCCCCACAUCUACUGCCUGGAGCAGCUGCUGCAGGAGGCGAUCAUCGAUGUGCGGCCGGCCUCCACUCGCUUCCUGCCCCAAGGGACCAGGAUCGCAGCCUAUUGGAGCCAGCAGUACCGCUGCCUGUACCCGGGCACCGUGGUGCGAGGGCUGCUGGACCUGGAGGAUGAUGGUGACCUGAUCACCGUGGAGUUUGACGAUGGAGACACGGGCAGGAUUCCCCUCUCCCACAUCCGCCUCCUACCACCUGACUACAAGAUCCAGUGUGCUGAGCCCUCCCCGGCACUCCUUGUGCCCAGCGCCAAACGCCGCAGCCGGAAGACCAGCAAAGACACCGGGGAGGGGAAAGAGGGGACCGUGACGGGGGCCGAGGAGGCGGGGGCCAAGGCGCGGGGGCGUGGGCGGAAACCCAGCGCCCAGGCCAAGGGUGACAGAGCUGCUGUCCUGGAGGAGGAGACUGCCACAGAUGAGGUCACCAGUACCCCCUUAGUGCUGGAGCCCAUCAGUACCCCAGGUUCCAAGAAGAGCCCCUCAGAACCUGCGGACAAGAGGGCCAAAGCCACCAAGACUCGCACGGCCCCCCCGCAGCCCAGCCCUGCACAGCCCGCCUUCACCAGCUGCCCAGCUCCCGAGACCUUUGGGGAGCUGCCGGCCCCUGCCGCACCCCUGGCCCAAGCUCCCCUCGUCACCAUGCCUGCCACCCGGCCCAAGCCCAAGAAGGCUCGGGCCACCGAGGAGACAGGCGCCAAAGGCUCCCGGAGGCCAGGCGAGGAGGCCGAGCUACUCGUGAAACUGGACCACGAGGGCGUCACAUCCCCCAAAAGCAAGAAGGCCAAACAGGCCCUGCUCCUGCGGGAGGACCCCGGGGCAGGGGGCUGGCAGGAUCCCAAGGGCCUGCCAAGCAUGGCCAGCUACCCCCCAGCUGCAGGCGGUGGAGACUCCAAGGCAGCCUGGCCCAAGGCCCUGGAGGGGGACCUCGCCCAAGAGCCCGGAUCGGGGUUCCCCCUGGAGGAUCCUGGGACCCCCAAGAGCCCGGACAAGGCCCAGGCCGAGCAGGACGGGGCCGAGGAGUCAGAGUCCAGCAGCAGCAGCAGCAGCGGCUCUGAGACAGAGGGCGAGGAGGACGGCGAGAAGAAUGGGGAGGACGGCCGGGGGGCAGGGGGCAGGAACUGCAGCGCCUCCAGCUCCAGGGCCUCCUCCCCGGCCUCCUCGUCCUCGUCGUCCUCCUCAUCCUCUUCAUCCUCCUCCUCGUCCUCCUCGUCCUCCUCGUCGUCUUCGUCCUCCUCGUCCUCGUCCUCGUCCUCGUCCUCCUCCUCGUCCUCCUCCUCCUCCUCGUCCUCGUCCUCCUCCUCGUCCUCGUCCUCCUCGUCCUCCUCGUCCUCCUCCACCACAGAUGAAGACUCAUCCUGCAGCUCAGAGGACGAGACGGCCCCAGCCCCCGCAGCCGGUCCCUCUGCGCAGCCAGCGCUCCCUGCCAAGGUGCCCAAGCCAGCUGGCAAGGUGCGCUCCUCAGGCCACUCCCCGGGCAAGAAGGCGCCCGCUGCCCAGCCACCUGUGCCACCAUCCCAGCCGCCGCAGCCUCUGCAGCCCAAGGCCCAGGCCGGGGCCGGGGCCAAGAGUCGACCCAAGAAGAGAGAGGGCGUCCACCUGCCCACCACCAAGGAGCUGGCCAAGCGCCAGCGCCUGCCAUCCGUGGAGAACCGGCCCAAGAUCGCCGCCUUCCUGCCCGCCCGGCAGCUGUGGAAGUGGUUCGGCAAACCCACCCAGCGCCGCGGCAUGAAGGGCAAGGCCCGCAAGCUCUUCUACAAGGCCAUCGUGCGGGGCAAGGAGAUGAUCCGCAUCGGCGACUGCGCCGUCUUCCUGUCGGCCGGCCGCCCCAACCUGCCGUACAUCGGCCGCAUCCAGAGCAUGUGGGAGUCGUGGGGCAACAACAUGGUGGUGCGCGUCAAGUGGUUCUACCACCCCGAGGAGACCAGCCCCGGCAAGCACCUCCGCGACGGCCAGCACUGGGACCAGAAGGCCGGCCGCAGCCUCCCCGCGGGCCUGCCCGCCUCCAGCCAGAGGAAGGACUUCAUGGAGCGCGCCCUGUACCAGUCGUCGCACGUGGACGAGAACGACGUGCAGACGGUGUCGCACAAGUGCCUGGUGGUGGGCCUGGACCUGUACGAGCAGAUGCUGAAGACCAAGAAGUACCAGGACAGCGAGGGGCUCUACUACCUCGCGGGCACCUACGAGCCCACCACGGGCAUGAUCUUCUCCACGGACGGCGUGCCCGUGCUCUGCUGAGCGCCGCGGGCGUGUGCGCGUGUGCGCCGUAUGCAUGCACGUGUGUGCACGUGUGCACACGUCUCCAGCCCCCGUCCAUCCCCUCGGCGCCCCACACGGGGGUGGGGGCUCCUCUCUGCUAUCAGGGUACGGCUCUGUGUCCCCUCUGGGUGGCCCUGGCCGGACAGGCCUGGCUUCCUCCCAGCACCUUGUUCCCAGUUGGCGAGGUCCCCCCGGCCCUCCCCGGGUCCCCAUGCAGACUACAGUGCGGAUUUCCAAGGAACCAAACGCAGGCCUGCUCUGGGUUUGGUCACCCCCAACGUGGCGUCCAUCCCCAAGGCCCCUCCCAGCAUGGGUUUGGGGCUCCCGACGCCAACCAGCCUCAGCCGACCAAGCCGGGCACCUGGGCACCUGCCCCGCCUGGCCUCCAUCCUCUCAGGACGGCCUGGACUUGGGGAACAAGCCAGGGGGAGGGGGGGGAGGAAGGGCAGCCCAGGCAUCGCCAGGCAUCCAGCGGCACCCCCACCCCCAGCCCUGACCCUUACACUACAGAGACCCCCCCCAAAAUGGUGCUGAAACCCGCGGCCGGCCAUGCCCAGCCCCUCCAGCCGUGAGGGGUCUUCUUACUGUACAGUUUUAUUGUACCAAGAGUCGCCUGCCUCUGUAUCAUACACUUUUAAAUGGAGUCGACUUUUUAAUUAUAUAUAUAAAGAUAAAUAUAUAUAAAUAUAUAUAAAUAUAAACUUUUUAAAACUGUGAAAAAAUAGCUAUGAAAUUAUAAAAAAAAAACACACAUUCUGACGUGCAGAAUAUUUUUUUUUAUUUCCUGUUAGAUUGUGAGUGUCUAGCACCCGGCUUCAUGAGCCCCACCCCCACCCUGCUCCCCAAGUCCCCAGCACCCCCUUGCUCUCCCAUGUGUACUGUAUGCCCCCCCCAGGUGAGAAAGAGAGAGGGAGAAGGGAGGGCGCCCAGGCCCAGUUCCUGCUGGGCCCAAAAGCACUUAGCCAGCCCCCGUGCCUUCCGGACCGGCCGGACCCGGAGGCCUCCAGCAGACAAUCUAGAGGAAAGGAAAAGCCAGACUUUUGGUUUUUGUUUUUUUGGGGGGGAGUUAUUGUUUGCUUUUUUUUUUUAAGUUUCUUUUGGAAUUUUGUUUG